UGCUAACAUUAGCGCGGCAAGAGCUGCCUGUGACGACAUGGCGGACAAUUACAGUCAGGGGAAGGAGCCUUGCCAGUGACCGAGAAGGUGAGCGUUCUCCCCGCAGCUGACACAGGUGCUCCUCCGCUCGUCCCGUCCCCCCCUUCCCGGUGCUCUCCGCCCCUCUCCCCGUUGUGGCGCACCGGAGGAGAGCAGCUCCCCGAGACCCAUCAACAUGGCGCCGCUACUGGCUCACACGUAACGUCGCCCAUGUAGGAGAGAACCGGACAAAGCGACGGGACAUGUGAGCUCAUCCACCCCGGCCACGAGCAGGUUUGUCAGGGUUUUCCAGCAUGUUUGGGAAGAAGAAGAAACGGCUGGAGAUCUCGGCCCCGUCCAACUUCGAGCACCGGGUCCACACGGGCUUCGAUCCGCGGGAGCAGAAGUUCACCGGGCUGCCGCAGCAAUGGCAGAGCCUCCUGGCCGACACCGCCAACCGGCCUAAGCCCAUGGUGGACCCCUCCUACAUCACCCCCAUCCAGCUUGCACCCAUGAAGAUAUCUCCCAAGAAGGUCCGGCCGUCCGAAACGCCCAAAACCAUCGUGCGGGGGAACCGGCCCCCCAAAGACGCGUCCAUCAACGGCCUGCUAGAGGAGUUCGACAACAUCUCGGUGACGCGCUCCAACUCGCUGCGCAAGGAGAGCCCGCCGGGCGCGCACCAGGCGGGCGCCGGCGCCAGGCCCUCGGCGGGCGCACGCCACGGCGGCCCCGAGGAGAACGGCUUCGGCCACUACUACUCGCGCUACUCUUGCGACUUGGACGCCUCCGGCAGCCGGGACUACGCUCUGGACAAGCCGGGCUUUUCCGUGGACGGGGACUGGGGCGUGGGGCGGCACUACCGCUUCACCAAGCAUAACGGCCACUCGCACCAUAUCCGCAGCCCCUUCUACCCGGACGCCAUGCCCCAAAAGUUGGACUACGGCAAGCUCCCGCCGGACUACCACACCUACCUGGAGAGCAAGGGGCGCUCCACGGACGAGGUGGCCUCCACGGUGGGGAGCGGGGUGGGCUCCAGCGGCUACUACCGGGCGUCGGUGGGCGGUUCGUCCAGCCAGGACUACCGGGACACGUCGGUGGGAACCCCGUCCCGCGCCUCCCUCCGCAGCGAGCAGAUUAACUACCCGGACAGCGAGUGGAGCUACGGCGGCGUGCGGGACGACUACGACAAGAGGCCCAAGAGCUCGUACGUGAUGCAGACCAGCCCCACGCCGGCCAUCAGGCAGAGGUCCCGCUCGGGCUCCGGGCUCCAGGAGCCCAACGUCCCCUAUGCGGCCGGCGGGCCCUUCAAGAACCCUGCCCAGGCCCACCCGUACAGCUCCUACACGUACCCGCGCCUGUCGGAGAGCCUCGGCGCCUCGCAGACCGUCGGCAAGGGCGACUACGAGCGUCCGUCACGGGACGGCAGCCCCCACGCGGCGACCGGGGACUCGUACCCGCGCGGCCCCCUCAAGCUACCUCAGAACCACGCCAAGCCCCCCGGCUACCCGCCCGUGCACCUGCCCUACCCGCCCGUCUUUCACCAUUACAAGCCGUCGCCCUACCACCACCCGCCGUCCCAGCCCAGCCCGCCGUACACCCCGCAGGGGGCGUACUCCCAGCCGUCGUCACCCUACAUCCCCCCGGGGGCGUACCCUCCGCCCUCGUGGGGCUCCAGCUCCGACACUCAGCCCUCCAGGGUGUCUCACGAGCAGUUCCGAGCCGCUCUGCAACUCGUAGUCAAUCCAGGCGACCCCCGCGAGUACCUCGACAGCUUCAUCAAAAUCGGCGAGGGCUCCACGGGCAUCGUGUGCAUCGCCAGCGAGAAGCACAGCGGAAAGCAGGUGGCCGUCAAGAAGAUGGACCUGAGGAAGCAGCAGAGGAGGGAGCUGCUCUUCAACGAGGUGGUGAUCAUGAGGGACUACCACCAUGAGAACGUGGUGGACAUGUACAAUAGCUACCUGGUGGGAGACGAGCUGUGGGUGGUCAUGGAGUUCCUGGAGGGAGGGGCGCUCACCGACAUCGUCACGCACACCAGGAUGAACGAGGAGCAGAUCGCGACGGUGUGCUUGUCGGUGCUGCGUGCGCUGUGCUACCUUCACACGCAGGGCGUCAUCCACCGAGACAUCAAAAGCGACUCCAUCCUGCUCACCAGCGACGGACGGAUCAAGCUGUCCGACUUUGGCUUCUGUGCCCAAGUGUCCAAAGAGGUGCCCAAGAGGAAGUCGCUGGUGGGGACGCCAUAUUGGAUGGCGCCGGAAGUCAUCUCCAGACUGCCUUAUGGGACAGAGGUGGACGUGUGGUCGUUGGGCAUCAUGGUGAUCGAAAUGGUGGACGGCGAGCCCCCGUACUUCAACGAGCCCCCCUUGCAGGCCAUGAGGAGGAUACGCGACAACUUGCCCCCGCGGCUAAAAGAGUCGCACAAGGUGUUGUCGGUGCUGCGCUCCUUCCUGGACCUGAUGCUGGUGCGAGAGCCUUCCCAGCGAGCCACCGCGCAGGAGCUCCUCCAGCAUCCCUUCCUCAAACUGGCCGGACCGCCGUCCUGCAUCGUGCCCCUCAUGAGACACUACCGCCACCGCUGAACGCACACACACACACACACACACACACACACACACUUUUGUGGUUCCCGCCCCCUGUCAACACUCACACUCGUAACCGUGACUUAGAUUAGCUAACCAAUACAAAGAAAAGACACACAAGUACCAAGAAAAUAAGGAACUCAAAGUGGACUGCGGUCAUUUUCGUCCCCUUCGAGGACCUGAGCGGACCCCCGAGAUUGUGGGCGGGGCCUCAGUCCAUCUCUGCCGUGCGCGACGUCUGCGCUUGUAUUUUAAUGAAGAGCAACUUGUAAGAUUGAGUGUACAGUUUUGAUAACUUUGAGUAUUUGAUGGUGUGGUAGCCAUUGUGAUAUGAGCAGUAUUCAAUAGACUUUCCUACUCUUUAUAAUACACUUUUUUUCAUUAAUAAAUAGAUAUACAAACACACAUACACACACACACGCACACAUUAAAUAUCCCAAAUAAACCCACUUGAACCCAGCUGUUACUAAAAAACAAAAAAAAAAAAAACAAACAAACAAAAAAAACCUAAAUAUAUUUAUUAUUAUGAUCUAUCUUUGUAGACAGAACUUCCAUUAAACGGGCAAAAAAGGGUAAUGUCAGACAUUUUCUAUGGACUUUUUAAAGUAUUUAUUUAUUGAUUGCAAUUCAUUUUUGUCGAGUGUGGCCUUUUUUCUCAUUCAUUUUCUUAAUUUUUAAAAAUUAUUUCAUGAAAAAGAAAGGCGGCGGUUGACAGGGAUCUACUUAAAUACACUCAAAUGCAAUGAAAUGGCAACUUGACUUUGUUUUUGUGUCAAUAAAAAUAUUCAUUGAAAUUAUUGAAUAUAAUAUUAUCUUCAUUCAUAUAAGGACUAUUUAUGAAUAUAAUUACAAAAACACCACAUAUUAGACCUUAGCCCAUGAAAUGUUUCCAUGUAAUUUUUGUUUUGUCAGUUGAACUAAAAAAUAAAAUACUUAAAAAAAGAUAUUUAACUUUUUCAAGAGAUCAUCAGUCAUUAAAAUAUGAAUAUUGAAUUAUUGAAACAACACAUUUUAAAUGACCAACUAUGAUAAUCACAUACAAUUUACUGUAUAUGAUAUUGAUAUAUAUUCCCAUUAGCAUUUCGUCGCUGUUGGGCAGAAUCCUCGCAUCUCCAAAAUGACAAAAAGCCUUAAUGACUUCACCGAAGCUAAUGACGACGGUGAUGUCAUCACACAAACGACGGUGAUGUCAUCACACAAACGUAGCUCUGUGGCUGACCAGUUUUCCUUCUGCACCGAAACACGACAGUGGUCCAUUUUUAACAAAACAAGCCUACUCAAAUGUAUCAAACCUAACUAUUUUGAUUCGAUAUUGUCUAAAACAAACAAAUCCAAAAAUAUCGAGACUUUAAAUCAGACAAAAUGCCGCGAGCCUCCCACGGAGUGAGGAAGAGGUGGAGUUUUACAGCACUUCUCAGACAGUUGACGCGGAGUUCAUAGAUUUGCUCUCAGGCUAUUUUCAAAACUUAAGAUUGGUUACAAUGCGUAAAAAUAACAGACAACAUUGGGAAAAUUGCAUCAUUAGUAUCGAUUUGUGAGAAAAUAUGAAAUGGCCCAUAUUUGGUUUCUGCUUGACAGCCACAAUUAUUUUUUUAAUGUAUAUUAUUACAUGUAUAAUCUAUAACAAAUAAUAUACAGUUCAAAAAUAAAUUUAGGAAAAUGACUAAAAUAUAUACAAUUUAAUAUUUAUUAAAUAAUACUUUUAAAAGUCCAUAUAACACGUAUUGCUGUAUUUAUAUUUUUGUUUAAAAAUUAUAGAAAUAUAAUUCAUACUUUUCAAAUUCAAAUCAAUUCAUACUUGUAAAACCAAUUAAGUGCACAAUAUUAUUUACACACUGUUGUGUAAUUUAUGAAUGAAAUUACAUCAAAAAUAAAUACCUAAAAAUAAAAAAAAUAUGAAUAUAAUAAUUAUUAUUUUAAAUUAUAGUAACAUAGUUGGUUUUGUAUGAUACAAUGAAACCAAUAAUGUUAACAUAAAUGAAGUCGUCAUUUUAUGAUUUGAGUGUAUAUUUUGUUAUUGCAGGGAGCCAAUGAAGCUGAUGUGUGUCUGACACACUUAUUGUAGCACACGACAUUGAGGGAAAAAAUUCAAAUAAUAAUAAAAAAAAAGACUACUUUUUUACAAAGACGGAGGCUAUAAAAUGAAACAAAAAAAGAAUAUGAUUCCUCGUCAUUGCCAUGAAAUCACCUGGAAUACGACAGUGUAAACCUGCUGGCAUCCAUUUUGACCCAUCAGUCACUGUGAUAUGUAAAUACGACUGCGUGCGUGCGUGCGUGCGUGUGUGUUGUACAGUGACGCUGCAUGUCUGUGAAGAUGCUUUCAAUUAAAACAAACUUCCAUAAGAA